AUGCAUACUCUCUUUCUCCGGUCCCACUGGGGUCUUGGGCAAGGGGCCGCAUGCAAGAACCUUGAAACGCCCAUCUCACAGUGGAUCGUGAACGCCGGUCCGGUAGCUGAAGCGGAAAGUGCGGAUGCCUGGCUAGGCCGCGCACUCUGUGGGCAGUGCGACGAGAGGAGACCAGCACAGUCCCCGCGAGUAAAGGCUGUGAACGUCAUGGAUGAGGCAGGUGCAGAACGACCACUGGCAGGACCCCCAGGCUGGCUGCACAAUGUACCGCGGAAGUACCCGGCAGCGUCCACUCCUGACACGGCCUCGAGGCUCUCGUCUUUCUCCUCUGAGAACGACAUCAUUCCUCCUUCCGGAACCCCGUCUUUUUCCCCCCCUCAACACCCUUCUUCAGAGUCUCCUUUUACAGGACCUCUGAACUUCAGCAUCGCAUCGCGUAGCUCAAGUUCUCCCCAAAUCAUCAUUUCUCCGAUCGACUUUACGUCGUUCACUACGGAUUCAUCCCAGCAACCAUGGCCUCCCACGCCCCCAUCCACACAGCCCUUGGCUUCCAAUUCGAUCAACAGCAACAACAGCAGCAGCAACAGUUCCCUGCAGGACUUUGUGCUCUAUCCAACUCCGCCAGCUUCACACCCGCAGCCUCCGCCCAGAGACUCGCGCUUGCUAGCUCCGCCGAGCACUACUCUUAAGCCGUCGGCCCUACAGCCUUUCUUGGCUCAACAUCAACCUCGACGACACACUCUUAGUCUGCAGUUGCAGCGUUACCUCCAGCAGCAGCUUUCGUCUGGUUUGCCCAUCUCGGACCCAAGAGUCGCAAAACUUGCCCGGUCUUUUGCCCAUUGGUCCCAUUCCAACUCGUCCUCGUACGCUCAGCAGCCUCACGCCGCCGCCGUGCCUUCUCCGCUUCGCCCCCAAUCAGGCGCUCAGUUCAUUCCCACUCUUAAGAAACCCUACACAACCGCAUAUCGUCGCACCAUGUCUGCUCCUGGCUUUGAAGGUACGCAUCUACAUCAUCCGAGCGUGCCUGUCCCUGACUCUUCACCCCUUGCUCACACCCAUGCUACAGAACUUGACGCCGCGCUCUUUGCGCUGCCUUCGGCUGGCGACACAGCCGGUCUGGGCUCUCCAUUUGACAUUGGUCAAAUCCAUCUAGACACUGAUGUCAAUGCGUUCUCCCCCGGUGCCCCUACCGACACAGUCUCCCCCAAAGACGUCAUGUUUGACGCGAGCUCGGUUCCCCCCUCAGCCACUUUCACUGAUUUGAGCACUCCUCUCCUCGAGUCUCCGGGGGCUUUCAGCUCCGGCCCUUCUCCCAUGUUCACCGAUCUCGACUUGCUGGGUCCCAACGACUGGACCCCCUUGUUCAAUGACGCUGCUGCUAUGGACGCAUUCCAGAGCUUGGCUAUGGUUGCUCCGCUCGAGGAAACCUCCAAGACGGAAAAGCCCCUGCCAGCUCAGACUCCUAAGCUCGCUGCCUCGGUCCAGUCGGUUUCCUCUCCCAUCUCCGCAACUGGCUCCAGCAAGCCCUCCAGCGUGGCUGGCAUCAACCGUCCGCGUAAGGAACUGUCGCCCAUUGCCUUUGAUCCCAGUGACCCCGUCGCUGCCAAGCGUGCCCGUAAUACAGAGGCCGCUCGCAAGUCUCGUGCGAAGAAGCUCGAGCGACAGAUGAGUGCCGAGGCCCGAAUCUCCGAGCUGCAGAAGCAGCUUGCUGACCGGGACGCCCUUAUUGCGAACCUCCAGGCACAACUGGAAGCUCAGCGGCAAUUUGCCUGA